ACGCAUUGCAACCCGGAUAACGACAAUGGAAUCGAAUACGGGACAAAGUGCUGGAUUGUUGCAGCGGUGCCUCGAUGAAUUGGGUCUUGUCACGCUGUACAAUUCAACGCUCGACAUUAAGUUAUUAUGCCUGCAACGUUUGGUACGACUGUUCGCCUACGGAGCGUCAACGCUCAUCCUAGUCACUUACCUUGAGGCCUUAGGUAUCUCCAAGACACAAAUCGGGCUUUUCAUGACCCUGACCCUGGUUGGCGACAUAUGCAUUAGUUUCUUUUUGACUUUGUUUGCUGAUGGGCUUGGCCGGAAAGCAAUUCUUGUCCUCGGUGCCCUGCUCAUGACCGCCAGCGGCAUCGUCUUCGCGUUCUCCGGAGAGUACUGGGCAUUGCUUUUCGCGGCGAUCGUUGGAGUCAUCAGUCCGAGUGGGAGCGAAAUCGGGCCGUUCAGGGCCAUAGAGGAGAGCAUUGUUGCCCAUCUCACUAAACCUCAAGAUAGGGCUCACAUAUAUGCGUGGUAUAGCUUGAGCGGAUCCCUCGGCACGGCGUUCGGCAUGCUCACAGGGGGCCUGGUUACUGACCGGCUAACUCAUGGCCUGGGCUUCAGCCGUAUCCAAUCGUACCGAGUAAUCUUCCAGAUAUAUGCUGGACUUGGGCUAUUCAAAGCGCUUUUGGCUUUCAUGCUGAGCUCAAAGGUUGAGACAGCCGAGAAGCAGCAGCAGGUCCCCGUCGACAAUGGGAAUGGCGAGACAGCACCUCUGCUUGGCAGCCCAGCUCCGACUGAAGAGCUUGAAGCCCCGAAGCCGAAGCGCUGGCUGCAUUCUCUUAUCCCAAAGAUCAGCAAACAGAGUGUGAAAGUUGUAGUCGAGCUCUGCUUGCUAUUUGCCUUGGACUCCUUCGCAUCUGGACUAGCUCCUAUUUCCUGGUUGACAUAUUUCUUCCGUACUCGAUUCAACAUUGAAGAAGGCCAGCUAGGCACAAUAUUUCUCGUCUCGAGCAUAGUUACAGCAGCAUCUAUGCUUGUGGCGGCCUCCUUCGCAAAGAGGUUCGGCAACGUCAUUACUAUGGUGGCUACUCAUUUGCCAUCGUCUCUCUGCCUGACGCUUAUCCCUCUGUUCAAUAACCUGCAUUGGUCUCUAGUGUUCUUGUUUCUGCGUGCGUCCACACAGUCGAUGGACACGGCGCCCCGCUCCGCUUUCUUGGCCAUGAUCAUAUUGCCGAGUGAGAGAACGGCAAUAAUGGGGACGGUAAACGUGAUUCGAACGUGUGCUCAAACCAUGGGGCCUUUGAUCACCGGUAUACUCGCAGACAAAAACAUGCUUUGGGUGUCUUUCGUCGUCGCCGGAGCUUUGAAGGCUGUCUACGACGUGGGGAUUCUAGUAAUGUUCAAAAGCAGGGAGAAAGAAAGAGCAGAAACCGAGGACGAGACAGUCGCGAACACUUAGCAACAGACGACCCGGGAGCAUCAACGGGUCGUUUAAGCACGGCAGUCAAGCGUCUAUAUGGGCAGAUUAUCCGAUGCGGUGUAAAUGUAACAGACAGGGGAUUCAACACUGGAAGGCAUGCAGGUGCAGUGGGCCUCCACUGCAGACGCUAAAAUUGCAGGGAAAUAUGCGGGGGACCAAGAAUAAAUGCACUCGCGAAAAAUGCAAUACGCCAUGAAUGCACUGUUGAGUAUGCAGUAGGUCCCACGUCGAGCCGCUCGUGGAGGCAACAAAUUAUAAAACAAGAUAGAAGUAAAUAGAGAGGUUCUUACCAAAAGUCUCCAGUCGUC